AUUUCCUCCGGCAUAAAAAAGUAUUUUAUCCUUCAUUCGAAAAGCAUCACCUCAUCCAUACAUACACACACACACGUACACCUACACACAUGACACACUGGCCAAACAACAACAUGUCACAGGCCGUCAGUGACAGCAGCAGCAGCAGCAGCAGCACAAAAACCCCUUCAUCUUGGCUGUGUGUGCGCGGAGAGUGAUACCAGCGAAACUGCUUACGUCAUAAAAGCAAUCGAAACACGAAAGUAUUACUCGGUCGGCAGCAGGGAAGCCAGUCCGCGGCGGUGCACCAGUACGCGAGCAGAUCGUUUCCUCCGGCGGGGAAGAAGAACAAGCCAGCCAACGGGCCAAUUUCGUCACCGAAACGGGAAGCUGCACCGAGCCCUGCACAGCGCGAGGGAAAUUCGCCUCGCCUUUUGUGUACCCUGCAUACACACACACACACAGUCGCGCGCGCGCCCCUCCGAUGAUCGCAAACGCGGUGAAAAGCGCAUCCGGAUAGAGGGAGACAGAGGGCGGAAGAGAGCGAGAGCACACACCGUUGAAUGUCUGUGCGUUUGUGCGUGUGAAAAACAAACACAACAACCAAUCGUAUUUUCCGUUCCUCCGCUUUCCUAGAGAAAGGGUCAUUUCCACCACCCCUCGGCAGACACAAACAAAGGAGCCGCACAAACACACAUACAACACCCUCCGCCCCACAGCACAGCAAGGAAAAGCGCUGCAAACGAUGGGCGAACCGGAGUACGAGAGCGUGGUGCUGGUGAAGCAGGAGGUGUUUGUUUACAAAAUUCCGCCGCGCCAGAGCAACCGGAGCUACCGGGCGGCCGACUGGAACCUGCUCGACCCGAUCUGGACCGGGCGGCUGCGGAUGGUGGCCAAGGGCCGGUCGCUGUGCGUGAAGCUGGAGGACAAGACGAACGGCACGCUGUUCGCGAACUGCCCGAUCGAGAGCUACCCGGGCGUGGCGAUCGAGGCCGUGUCGGACAGCUCCCGGUACUUCGUGCUGCGCAUCCAGGACGGCAACGGGCGGACCGCGUUCAUCGGGCUCGGGUUCGGCGACCGGUCCGACUCGUUCGACAUGAACGUCGCGCUGCAGGACCACUUCAAGUGGGUGAAGAACGAGGAGAAGAUCGAGAAGGAAAAGGUGGAACCGAAGCAGCAGCUCGAUCUCGGCUUCAAGGAGGGCGAAACGAUCAAGAUCAACAUGAAGAUUACGAAAAAGGACGGCUCGGAGGCCUCGUCCCGACUGACCGGGAAGAAAACGGGCGCGGGCGGUUUGCUACCGCCGCCACCGGGCGGCAACAAGAUCAGCCCACCCCAGGCGAGCUCACCUUCGCAUCAGCCCGCCGCAACAUCGACGGCGGCCGGUGCCGGCGGCCAGACCGAGUGGGGCGAAUUCACUUCCGCUGGGGUGCAAAGCACAACGGCAGAUGCUGCAGCCGCCACGCCGAGCAAAACCAACGCCAACUGGGUACAGUUUUAGGAAGGUGGGCGUACUCUAAUGCGAGGGCGGUUGGACCAGCGAGAUUCACGCGGGGGUAUGGGCAACACAUUGCAGUAACUGAAACAGCUAGAAUUGUUUGUCCCCGGUAAGUAGUGGAGAAUGAUGAUCAGCUGCGACUGGCGGCUGUAAAAAACAUGGGGGAGGGAAAAAGGGAGCAGAAACGGUUCGUUGCAAAAGUAUGUAAAACGGUGCAACACUGUACUUUAAGACGGAACUUGGCUAGACGAUAGUAUGAUAUCGAACGUGCGUGAUCUUUAAGUUUAAAAAUCUACAACCACACACUCACACACAUACACACACACUUUAAUAGAAACGGAUAAGCAUUAAUACACCAUGGACAUCAGUGAGCGGACAAGGAUGGAAAACACUCUACGAGCGCAAAAAAAGAAACGUUUAAAACAGAAACCAAUCACACACACACACACACAUAGACCCGUGCGAUUAGAAUAGAAUGACGUAGCAGAAUAAUAGUACGCGGGGAUGGCGCGCGCAUUAGGGCUGGGGAGCCAUAUUGCAGGAAUUCACGCAUUGAUCGCGCACGUGUGCGGUGCUGAUGUCCUGAUGUGUGUGUGUGUUUAUUUUCUUGUAGCAGGAAAAGUGGCGGAGGAAAUUCGCUCCCGCGUACCAGUAACACAAACACACUCACACAGACACUCGCGCGUAUCGUUCUCAGCAUAUAUAUAAUAUAUACAUAUAUACACAACCACACGCAUAUACAUAUAUAUAUUACUGGAAAACGCUUAUGUAUGUAUGUAUGGGGCUGAAGGCGCGUGUGAGCUCGAUAGUCGUGCAUGUGUCGCUAGCUGCAUAUGUAUAUACCACAUAUACACGUAACCCCUAACAAGAGAGAUACAAAAAAAAGCUAUAUAUGUGUAUGGGUAUAUAUAUAUAUUAUAUACAUAGGAAAUAAUAGAAUUGUUUAAAAUUGAACUUUACGUUGGGGGACACAAGAGAAGCCCUCGAAGCAAAGGAGCCGUUAGUAGGAAAAGGCGCCCUUCAGGCAAACAGUAGGAGGAAGCUCUGCAGCAGGAGGGGCAGAGAAGGCGAGAGCGGGAAAGAAGAUGAGAUGAAGCGCUAGCUAUAUUAUACAGGUGUAGUAGAAAUUUUGGACGAGACGAAAGAGAAAGGAGAAAAAGCAAAAGAAAAACUCAGAUUUACAUACUUAUUGUUGCUAUUGAGAUACAAAAAAAAAAAAUACUAUCUCCCAUAACCCACUCAUUCCUUCUCCAUAAAUCCCUUCUUGCCCCUACCCCCUUCCCUUCGCGUAGCGAAAGCUGGCAAGUAUAUAUGUUAUCUAAUAUUGUAGUGCG